GUGGAAGGGAAGUUCUGCUGCAAGUCCAAAGAAUGGCUUUGCGGAUGUAGAUCCAGCGGUUGCGAGGGCGGCCUUCUUCGCUCGGAGCUGUUGAAGCUGGACUUUGGGGACGCCGUGGUGCGCAUGGCGACCUUCAAAAAGGUCAUGAAGGUGCCUUCAUGCAUUUGUACGGCAGGCGGCUGGUUAGACAACUCCUGGGUUCUCUGGCUGCUGGGAGGAGCUGUAGAGUGGAAGGAGCUGGAUGGCGAAUGUAAGCCCUGUACGGAAGCGCCAAGCCAUGCAUGGAGUGAGAUUGAAUUGCCACGCAGCCAAUGUUAUUUGAUGCUGGGCGCAGGGACCUCCACCUUCCGCGAUCGUGGUCCCAGCGCCUUCCGUUUGUUGCUGCACGAUACCACCUUCAGAUUCUGGCCGCGGGAGGAAGGCAAACUGAUCUAUGGUGGUCUGCUACUCCAUGAGCCUCUGCGCCUUGGCGAACGCCACGUGGAGCUGCUACAGCGCCUCAUCCACCACGGCGAGAUCCGCGACGCGGUGUCGGAGACCUUCGAGCGGAGCCUGGACCAGGACUUCGACCUAAAUCCGCUCUUCCUGGAACUGGUGCCUGGGGAGUUUACCUUCCAGGACCAGGCUUUGGUCAGCAUGGUGGCGGCCUACUUCGGUCUAUUUCGCAUGUAUUGGCAUCUCGGGUCCCUCGGAUCCUUCAGCCCCUGGGUGAACUGCGUGGUGACGGCCUUACUCUUCGGGCUCCACCCAGAGCAACUUCUGGAACUGGUCCCAGUGCAGGUGCAUCAGGAGACACGGCGCCAAGCGCUCGAGAUGAACCGACUCUGGCAGCGCAUCCUGCCGGUGCUGGAUGAGGCACGCAAUGUCUUCCAGUCAACUGUGGAAGUUCCGAAAUUGACAUCGACUUGGUGGUGGUGGUCUCCUCCAAGAGAAGUUGAGCGAUUGGACCAGGUCCAACAGAUUCAACGCUUCCGCUGGAGCUUCGUGCGGAAAGGCCUGGAACCGUUGCGAAGUCAUUUGGCUUCAGUGGAUCAGGUUCUCUUCCAAGAGUCCUUGUUGCAGCACGGCCGCACGCAUCGCGCAUGGGAACUUCAGCGAAGCGAAGGCGCCAAUGGCUUCAGCGAAGGUGACCUGGGAAGCUGUGUUGAGACGUUUCUCUCCACAGCACGAGGCAGUGAUGUGUGCCACGGUCCUCGAGAGCUGGAACGCAACCUCUUUUGCCCCGAGUCUCAGCAUCGCGUCUCUGUGGAGGAGCUCAUGUCGUCCACGGAGCGACUGCUACGGAAACUCCUGUGCCCCGAAUUCAAUGGACAUCUCAGGGGAGUACAUGGAAAAUCGCAGGCUACCUUUUCACCAUGGUCUCUGUCGCCAGUGCUGAGUCUUGGAACCCCGGCAGUUCUGCUUUUGACAGCUGUUUGCUUCGCCCGCCGAAAAGGGCUGCGAUGUGCUGAGCAAAAUGGCCUUGUGCAAGAUGUGGGUU